AUGCUUUCCUAUAGUUAGAAGGCUAUAAAUAGUCACCAAUUGUUGCUGCCUGGUCUAGAAAAACUUAUCUCCAUUGUCUCUUGCAAUAGUGGCAGCAACCAUUGGUGGGAACGAGUUCUAGGUGGCUCUACCACUCCUUUCAUCGGCACUGAGUUUGUCAAAAAACUCCCUUCUGCAAUGUGUGUAGGGACUUGUACUCGGAUCCUGGGCCCAUGCCUCCUCAUCUUGGGCUUUCUUUCCAUUGUUGCUAACAUUCUCCUCCUCUUCCCCAAUUGGGAAUGGUGUUACCUAAGCCUGGGCCAAAUCUCUAAGAGGGCAAUGCUAAUGCCAGGAGUGUGGGGAGGAGGCCUGUUAGUUUUUCCCGCUGCAAUUCAGAUCACAGGUAUUGGAUGGAGGUGGAAGUACUUCAGCAGCUCUGGAACUUGCUGUAAGAUGUUUCUCUCCAUUCUACUAUCAGGACUGUCCCUCCUGGGAUCAGCUGCUUGUUUCAUUUUGUCUGGUUCAGGCUUGACAGAGGGGCCGCUCUGUCUCUAUAAUUCCACCCUCAAUCAGCAAAAGGUGCAACAGUGGGGUUAUCCAUUUCUUGAAAUGGACUAUCAUGUCUUGAACAAUGGGGCUCAGAAUUACUUGUACGAUCCCUCCCUUUGGAAUUCAGUUUGCAUCAAGCCACAGAACGUUGUUGGCUGGAAUGUGUAUUUCUUCUGUGCCCUCCUAGUCAUCAGCAUGGUUGAAAUGAUCCUGGCUGCUCUCCAAAUUAUCAAUGGCUGUUUUGGAUGUGUCUGUGGCUUAUGUGAACAGAAGAAAUAGGUAACAUGGAUUCAGAAGUGUUUCAACCCUUGGUUCAUUUUUACU